CUCUCUCUCUCUCUCUCUCUCUCUCUCUCUCUCUCAAAAUGGCUUCCUCCUUAACUCCUAGUGAAACAGUUGUGGGUGAUAAGUACAGGUAUCAUAUAUAUGGAGAGGGAGAAAAGAACACCAUCUGGAAAUAUGGUGCCCCUCCUAACUAUGAUGUUGUCAACAAACUGUUUGAAGAAGGCAGAACAAAGGAAUGGCCAAAGGGGUCACUGGAAGAAAAGGUGCAGAACUUUGUGAAGACAUGGGAAAUGGAGAUUUUCCAUAAGAUACGUGUGGAGGACUUCAAAACCAUCAAUCCCCAUAAAUAUACUCUCAGCCUCAAUGGAAGGCCUAGUUUAUCACUGGAAGGUCUUAUUAAACUUGGAGGUUACAAUGUGCUGUUGCAAACUGCACUGCCUGAGAACCUGCGUGGCUAUGAUCCGACCGUUGAAACGUCGGAAUCUUCUCAUAAGGCAUUCACAACGACAUUCCCCCGUGGGUUUGCCUUGGAGAUUGUUCAUGUGUAUUCAGGCCCACCUGUGAUUGUCUACAAGUUCAGGCACUGGGCUUUCAUGGAGGGUCCUUUCAAAGGUCAUGCACCUACAGGAGAGAUGAUACAAUUUCAUGGUGUGGGCAUUUUUCAGGUUGAUGAAGCGAUGAAGCUAGAGAAGGUGGAGUUCUUCUAUGAUUCAGGUGAAUUGCUUGGAGGUCUGCUCAAUGGUCCUGCUGUUGCUACAGAUGCUUCCGAAGCUUCUGGAAAUUCAACUCUCGGUUGCCCCUUCUUGGACAAAAAAUUCUAAGUGGGGCACACAGCUACAAGUUCCAAACCGUCCAUCAGAUAGGUCUGACCCGUGUCAAUAAUCUAGUUCGUCUGCCCUUAGGAAGGCGGCUAGAGUAGAAAUGGAUGGACAGGUUAGAAAAACUCGACCACGUGUAUUUCAGCCAUCUAUUUGUCUAGUAAAGUGUGCGCUCUAUAUUGAGUGGACGGCCCUAAUUUUCAAACCAUGGCAUCUACACGGUGUUACACACCUGAUGGACGGCUUGGAUCUUUUACCCGUGUGUCAUGAUGGCCCAUAAUGCUAUGCAGACUGUGUGCCGUACACACUCUUGUGGGUUUAGGAAAGCUCUAUCCAUCUUACAUUAAAUAAAGGUUGUAACAAUAUGUAAAGGUCAGACAUAGCCGUGGACGGUGUACUUAUUUAUAUAAAAAAUAGGUUGGCAUUUGUCAACUCUGCUGUGUUUAAAA